UCGUGCCUUGCCUCUCCUCCACCACGCGCCCCACUGGCACCCACACGCAAUGUUCACCGGCAUCGUCGAGCAGCUGCUGCCCCUCACAGCCGUCGUGCCGCUCGACGCCUCGGCAGGCGGCGGCGGCGGCUACAGCAUGACCAUCGGCGCUGCCAAUGCCAUUCUCGACGACUGCCACAUCGGCGACAGCAUCGCCGUCAAUGGCACAUGCCUCACCGUCACCACCUUUGCCUACGAGCCGCACUCGCCCAGCGGCGGCUGGUUCAAGGUGGGCAUUGCGCCCGAGACGCUGCGCAAGACGAACCUCGGCGCGCUGCGCACCGGCGACCGCGUCAACUGCGAGCGCGCCAUGGGCGCAAAGACGCGCUUUGGCGGACACUUUGUGCAGCUGCCGCGGCCCUCGGAGCUGUCGCCCUAUCUCAUUCCCAAGGGCUACGUCACCCUCGACGGCGCCUCGCUCACGCUCAUCGACGUCAGCGCCGCUGAGGGAGGCGCGCUGGACGGCGGCGACACGGGCAGAGAAGUCGUCGAGUUCAGCGUCAUGCUCAUCAGCCACACGCAAGAGAUGAUUGGCUUGAGUGCAAAGCAGGCGGGCGAGGCAGUCAAUGUGGAGCUCGACAUGGUCGGCAAGUUUGUGCAUCGCGCAGUCGUGGGUGCCGCCGGCCGAACAGGAGCCGAUGCCGACGCAGAGGAGGAGGCAGCGCCAGACUCGACCGACGCACGUGCGGUGGAUGCGGGCGCGGCGCAUCUGCGCGCCUCGGGCGCGGGCGCACAGAGCUCGGCCGAUGCGCUGACGGCGCUGAUUGAGCGCACGGUGAGGAAGGUGCUGGCGGAGAAGGCGGAGAAAUGAGAGUGAGGGGUGUGCACAAUGAAACCAGCGUGGGCAAAGUAGACGCUGCGUGUGAGAUGAGGGAAGAGCAGAGACGCCGUCUGAGCUGCUCACGCGAGAGAGAGAGAGAGAGAGAGAGAGCGACACAAGACAAGAGUCCUCAUCUGCGUUUGCCGCCCGCGUGCACCCU